AUGUUUCGCUGCACUGUGAGGCGUCGCAUAGGAACAACGUCUACUAUUCUGGCUAACUUAGCUCUCUUCGCGGCGAACGCCUUGAGUAUACACGAUGUGUUCGGUGUGUUAUUGGUUGGCGGUGUCGUGUUUCGAUUCAUUUCUCUCGCAGCCAGCAUAUACGGUGACCGCUGCGUUGCCCGCGCGGCGUGUGCGCUUCCCGAGUUGCAGGAGGCACACGAGCAGUACAAAACCAUCGUUGAUCACCCGCGUGCUAUUUUUUGGGAGAAGAAGGUUGCGGCGCAGAAACUAAAAAAUGAUCGUAAUCGCAUAUUUCGUAGCCAUCAUGUUGAUAACGUUCGCCUUGUCCUUCCCCAUGCUGUCGCAGUUUUGAUGACGUGGUACAGUUUCUGUUCUCCCGCGCAACAACUCAGUGACCACCUCGCCGUCGUUUCCGUUACAUCUCCUCUGUCAUUCCGACUAAUGGGCACAGUGGUUGACCCCACUCUUUGUUUCGCUGCCACCCUCACACUCAUCAGCAUACGGGACCACUUGCAGCGACGCAUGGGCUUCAGUGACGGAUUGGACGCCUGGAUUCGGCGAGGAAAGGGAUAUGUGACUGGAGCGUGGGGUGUUUUUACAGUCAUUACCCUCUCCGCGCAGUUUGUCACAAGUUUUGCUGGCUUUCUCCCACCACAUGUAGCACCCACCUGGUUGGGCAUAAGCAUAACGAGCUUGUGCAAAAGCAUUCUGGUGAACCACACGGCGCCCAUGCGCGCGCUCUUUCGCAUUCAGGACUACCCGCCGAGUCACGGCAAACAUGGGGCGACGUGCACUGCCGAAGUUCAUGAGUAUCGACUCGCCUUUACAGGCGUUGAUGUGGAAGAGCGGCGCCAUAUGUGGCAGACCCAAAAGAAGGCGCUCGAUUACGAAUGCAACGUCCGUCUACACCGCUUGCUUAACCGUACGGGGCUUUUUGACAGCGUGGAAGAAGCGGAGCAUGAGGCAGAAAGACUGAAGAAAAAGUUGAACAUAGCGCGAACGAGGCGGAAGGAGCGGGAGCUGAGGGAACGGGGAGAUGGUGAGAGUGAUGGCGUGGCUCCCCCAGCAACUCUGGCUUUCAAAGAGGAUGAUGUGGGGCCCUCGGCCGAUGAGGUGGCGGAGCGCCACUUUGAUGAAUUGCAGCUAAGGGAAAACGAUCGGCGGCGCAAGAGACGGGGCCACGACGGCGGUUGA